AGAAUGACAUGCCAUCAGUUGAUUUUCUACAUCCCACAUCAUUAUUAAGAACUUAGAAUGCAUGAUGUGCGCUCGUUUCAACAGAUCCGGUUUAUACCUGGAAUGUAAGGAUCCCCAAGGAAUUGCAUCGGAAGUCUCGUGGAGAUUACGUCAUUCUUGGAGGACAUGGGCCUUUGGCACAAGUUCAUUAUGACAUUGGAAAGGAUGAAGCAGGACACCCGCUUCCUCUGCUUACUACUGAUGUGUUCUCGAGGGACCGCAUUGGAUGUGGAUAUCACAGGGAAAAUGUUCACGCAACUCGUUGAUACGAAUGCAACGAUCCAAAAUCCCCUCCUCACCAGCACCGGCGUGGAUGUCUUCACUUGUGCCGAUUCAUGCACUAGGAAUCCCCAAUGCAAGCUGUUUUCCUUGGAGACGAGACCCACCACUACCACCUGUCAAUUGGGAGGCAAUGCGUCCAUUCUUCAGGCUAAUCCCGCUGGAAUGUCCUCUACCAUUUAUUAUGAUGACGCACUCUUCCCAAAAGACUACACCUUCGCCAUGAUCACCGAUCAGAUCCACUUCAUCAAGUUCCCUAAUGUGAUCCAGAACUACACCACGGCGCGAACGACUUGCAAGGCGGACGGCAUGGGACGACUGAUCAUGGACGACAAGGGUCAAGCGUGGCACAACUGGAUCUGGCAGUACGUCUACCCUAAGAUGGGUGGGACGAAUGGAAUGUGGUUAGGAAUUGAUGACUCGCAGCAGGAAGGGGCCUGGAAAUGGAAUGACGGGACAACACUGUCCACGUCGUUCUGGAAUAGCGGAGAGCCUAAUGGUGGUACCGUGGAAAAUUGCAUCUCGAUUUGGAGACCAUUCAGCGGCAAGUGGAUCGACUACUCCUGUCCUCAGCAGGAGUGGGUGCUCUGCGAAGUCCGCUGGCCCUAG